CUUGCUUUUUCUUUUUUGACCCCAUUCGCCGUCUGCAAGCGCCGACUGUUGCCAUUUGGAACGACUGUUUGCCUGGCAGAGGAGGCCAAGUGCAGUGCUUCGGCACUCGCCAAAACAAUACCAUGGGCAAAAUAAGUGCUUACAAGAUUAAUAUGGGCUACGAUGAUGAAAUGACAUUAGAAGGCUACAAAUGGUCCCUAAAGAGGGCUUUUGCCGGCUGGACUGUGAUCAUAUUGGCUGCCGGCAUUCCGCUAAUACUUGCAUCCUGGAAACGAAGCAUUUUGCUCAGGCUCACGCAUAUACUAUGCCAUCCCGAUGAGGCACAGAAGGUGCUUCUCAAAGACAAGCAUUCUCAAGAGUUCAUUGAAACGGUUUAUCAAAGCAGCAGACCACUGAAAGAUGGCUGCAGCUACUGCUUUUUUUACAACAAGCGAAUCAAGUACAUCUGGAAGACCGACCUCCAGCGCUUCGUGAAGCUUGAUGGACUUGAAGUUGACAGCUGUCAAGAUUUGCUCACAAUGUCAGCUGGUCUCUCAGGCUCGGAUGUUGACUACCAACAAGUCCUGUUUGGUGAAAACUCCCUGUCGAUCGAAAUCACAGCUGUUUACAAGCUCGUCAUUAAUGAGGUCUUCAGCCCAUUUUACAUGUAUCAAUUGUUCAUUGUCAUCGUGUGGAUGGUUCAAGUGUAUUAUCAGUUUGCUGUCUGCGUUGUCUUGCUAUCCAUUAUAUCAGUCAGCGUAUCAGUCUGGCAAACUAGAAAGCAAACACGUGCACUGAAGGAAGCCGUUCACACAGAAUCAAAGGUGACUGUGCUGCGAGACGAGACUGAAGUGACUCUUUCUUCCAAAGAACUUGCGCCUGGUGACGUGAUAAUACUCCCAGAGAGACAUCACAUCAUGGAGUGUGAUGCUGUGCUCAUCACUGGUGACUGUAUUGUCAAUGAGAGCAUGCUGACAGGUGAAAGCUGUCCUAUCACGAAGGUUCCUGUUUCCUCAGGAGAAGGGUACACUAGCACUGCAAACAAAAGGAACACUCUUUUCUGUGGAACAAGCAUACUGCACUCGAGAAGCACUAAUGGCCCAGUGAAAGCCAUUGUCUACAGGACCGGAUUCAACACCAUGAAAGGCGAGCUUGUGAGGACAAUAUUGUUCCCAAAACCAGUACAUUUCAAGCUGUAUGCAGAUGUCUUGAAGUCAAUGGUGAUAUUUCUCAUCCUUGGCAUACCAGCUAUGAUCUACACUGGCAUUAUAUUCAGCAAACUAGGUGCAUACGCUCAAGAUAUCGCCAUCAUCGUCAUUGAUGUUGCCACUUUUGUGGUGCCUCCACUACUGCCCGCUGUGCUGACUAGCAUCAAUGCCUCAGCUCAGAGACGUUUAAAGAAUAAAGAUAUCUACUGCCUCAACUCCAGCUACAUCAACUUCUGUGGAGCUUUGAGUGUGGUCUGCUUUGAUAAGACAGGAACACUGACAGAGGACUGCUUGGACAUUGUGGCCAUUGUUCCAUGUGAAAAUGCAAUGUUGCAACCAGCUGUUAACAAUCUGAAAGUCCUUCCAUAUGGUCCCAUGCUUGUUGCCUUGGCAACAUGCCACUCCUUGCACCUUGUUGAUGGUGAAGUAGUGGGUUAUGAGAUGGACAUCAAGACUCUUCAGACUAUUGAUUGGAAACUCGAAGAACCAAAACUUGGCGAGCUUGUUCCUUUUGACAAGAUACCAGCCCGCAUUGUCAUGCCAAGAAAUGUGCGACUGAGCAGCACAAGCCUGGGGAUUGUUAGGCAAUUCCCGUUCGAGUCCCAGCUCCAGAGGGCAACUGUGGUUGUCACAGCAGCGAACAGCAACACGUUUCAGAUCUACAGCAAAGGUGCUCCAGAAGUCAUUCAGCAGAUGUGUUUGCCGGAAACAGUUCCAGAAAGCUUCAAGGAAACGUUGGAAAGUUACACAAGGCAUGGACUCCGUAUUCUGGCCAUAGCUUCCAAAGCUCUGCCAAAUGACACAACUUGGGAUCAGGCACUGCACUUGCUUCCAAGAGCAGAACUUGAGUAUGACCUGCAUUUUAGAGGAUUCAUUAUACUCCAGAACAAACUGAAGCUUGAAAGCAUGUCGACCAUCACAGCAUUAGAAGAUGCUGGUAUCAAGACUGUCAUGGCCACAGGAGACAACCUGUUGACAGCAGUGGCAGUGGCCAGGGAUUGCAACAUGAUAAAGGAAAAUGAUGCAGUCAUUCAAGUUGAAGCUGAAGCUGCUCAGCAUGGAACCAUAAGGGCUGUCUACAGCUACAUCAAGCUGCCUGGCCUGAGUGAAAAGAUUCCCAUCUCUUACAAAGCAUCAGCAGAUGAUAUUGCUGUGCCACUGCUUUCGGACUGCACUUACCAUUUGGCAGCCGAUGGUAGAACGUUCAACCUCAUUCGACUGCAUGACAAGAUUCUGUUCAAGAAGCUUGUUCACAAAGGCAAAGUUUUUGCCAGGAUGCUACCUGAGCAAAAGUUGCAACUCAUUGAAGCUCUGCAGGAUAUUGGACACCAGGUUGGCAUGUGCGGAGAUGGUGCCAACGACUGUGGAGCGCUGAAGGCAGCUCAUGCUGGUGUCUCCCUUUCGGUGGCUGAGGCAUCCGUCGCAUCUCCUUUCACAGCUCAACGUCAGAAUAUCCAGUGCAUGAUCGAUGUCGUAAGGGAAGGCCGGGCAACCCUGGCCGCAACAUUUGGAGCUUUCUGUUACAUGGUCUGCUACUGCUUUGUGCUUCUGGUGGGAGCACUGUUCUUGUUUUGGGAUGGACAAAAGCCAUCUGAAGGAGCUUAUGUUUUCAUCGAUGUGUUCAUCAGCCUUAUUCCGCCUAUGAUAUUUGGAACAACUGGACCCUAUCCUGCACUCACCAAGAGAGCUCCACCUAAAAGCAUCUCUAAUGUUGUGUCUAUAUUUUCAAUAUUGUCAUUUGUGAUCAUACAAACUGGAUUUCACAUUGUGGCUUACAUCUUCUGCAUUCAGCAGCCAUGGUACGAGCCUUUUGUUUUCAACAGAGACUUCAUACACAAGCCACCACAGUCUUAUGUUGCCACUGCAGUUUUAAGCGUCAACUGCAUGUCCUAUGUGAUUGCCGCAGUCAUCUUCUCUCCUGGUCCUCCCUUCAGGAAAAGCAUCAUAUCAAACAAAAUGUACCUAGUGGUUGUCGCAGUGGAAUUUGUUCUCGUGUCAUACAUCAUCUUGUACCCUGCAGAGUUCAUACGAAAGUACAUUAAUUUUUUGGAGGCCCCACAGUACGAAUUCCAUGCAUUUCUCUUUGUCCUGUCUUUGCUGAAUUUUAUUUUUUCAUAUUUAUGGGAGGUUUUCUUGGUUCAACAGUUUCUCUUUAACUUUGUCAUGCCUCGGCUUCACAACUGGAGGGGACCCCGUCGCACAUAUGAGAAAUUGGAACGGGAUAUCAUGCGUGACCCUUCAUGGCCACUUGUCAGCGCUGCUGCCAGUGGCUCUGAGGACGGGCCUCCAUUAUCUCCUGACCACGACUCAGGCCUCCUGAACUUGACUGCAAGUGGGAAACAAACAGCAAAAAUGAAAUUCCAGUCAGAAGAGAUUCAUGAAAUGAGUGUGUUGGGCAGGCCCACACUUACGUUCUCCACAUUUCGUGGCAGCAGCAAGAAACGCAAGAACAAUGCUUUGAGGCAUGAGUAAAGA